UAUUUUGGUUUAUAAUUUGUUUUCAGUGUCAUUGGAGAACAUCACAAGACUGACACUCACUCACAAUCGUCUGACAAUGAUCCCACCAGCAAUCGCCAAUCUUAUCAACCUGGAAAUCCUCAACUUGUUUGAUAACAUUAUUGAAGAGUUGCCAACAUCCAUCUCAUCUCUGAACAAGCUUCGUAUCUUGAACGUUGGAAUGAAUCGGUUAGAUGCUCUUCCUCGAGGAUUUGGUUCUUUCCCUGUCCUGGAAGUGUUGGAUUUUACUUACAACAACAUAUCAGAAGGAGAAAGUCUUCCUGGCAAUUUCUUCAUGCUUGAAUCCCUGCGAGCCUUGUAUAUGGGUGACAACGAUUUUGAAGUUCUCUCUCCAGAAAUCAAGAACUUGAAGAAUUUGCAGAUUCUUUGUCUGCGCGACAACGACUUGGUAGCUCUACCUCGUGAAGUUGGAGAGCUGACUCGCUUACGAGAGUUGCACAUUCAAGGCAACAGACUGGGUCUACCACCUGAAAUAGGUCACUUAGAUUUGUUGGGCAGCCGAUCGUGUUUCCGUCUGGAGGGCAACCCAUGGGUGCCUAUGAUUGCAGAUCAGCUCCUCCUUGGACCAUCACAUGUCAUGGAUAUGUUACGCAAUGAGUCCUACAAAUUUGUUUAUCAACGGCAUAUUUCAACUGGCAGUCAACCACCUCCGAAAAAUUAUGAAGCCAAAAACCGUAAGGUAUCUCGUAAACGAGAUACAGCAUAAAUCAGGUUCUGUGGUUUUGUAUCAGUAUUAAUAGUAAAUACACAAGGGAACAACAUAAAAAUGCUUAGCAGUUGUAUUCUCAUUUUGACCUCUUGAUUUUACAGUCUUUGAUUACCAGAAUAAGAGCUUAUCGGCAGGAUUUAAAAUGGACAUGGCAGGCUAACUAGUUAUGACUUUAAUAUCAGGUGAUGUUUAACAAAUCUGUCAGUAAUAACUGUCCUAGUUGAUAUGAUAGUAGACUAAUUUUUUUUCUACACGUCUUAAGAUUUUCAGUACAUGCGACAGCAGAAUCAGAGGCUGAAUGAUGCCUAGAACUAGUUUAUUGCAGUCCAGAGUGAUUGGGCUUGAAGUUCGUGAAAUAUUAAGUACAGGAAUCAAAUAAAAACAGCACU